GCUCUCGUGGCCUCGCUGUCCGGCGGCGCCAACUGAAGCGCACUACCUGCUGCCGACAUGCUGCGCCGAGCUCUGCUCUGCCUGGCCCUGGCCGUGCUGACCCGCGCGGGCGCUGACCCCGACGAGGAGGACAACGUCCUGGUGCUCAACAAGGGCAACUUCGAGGAGGCGCUGGCGGCCCACAAGUACCUACUGGUGGAGUUCUAUGCCCCUUGGUGUGGCCACUGCAAAGCUCUCGCCCCUGAAUAUGCCAAAGCAGCUGGGAAACUGAAGGCCGAAGGCUCCGACAUCAGGCUGGCAAAGGUAGAUGCCACGGAGGAGUCUGACCUGGCCCAGCAGUAUGGCGUCCGUGGCUACCCUACCAUCAAGUUCUUCAAGAACGGAGACACGGCUGCCCCCAGAGAGUAUACAGCUGGCAGAGAAGCCGACGACAUUGUGAACUGGCUGAAGAAGCGCACGGGCCCCGCGGCCACCACAGUGCCGGACGCGGCUGCUGCGGCAGCCCUGGUCGAGUCCAGUGAGGUGGCCGUCCUCGGCUUCUUCAAGGAUGUGGAGUCGGACUUUGCUAAGCAGUUCCUGCUGGCAGCAGAGGCCAUCGAUGACAUACCCUUCGGGAUCACAUCCAACAGUGAUGUGUUUUCCAAAUACCAGUUGGACAAGGAUGGGGUUGUCCUCUUCAAGAAGUUUGACGAAGGCCGGAACAACUUUGAGGGGGAGAUCACCAAAGAGAAGCUGUUGGACUUCAUCAAGCACAACCAGCUGCCACUGGUCAUCGAGUUCACUGAGCAGACGGCCCCGAAGAUCUUCGGCGGUGAAAUCAAGACUCACAUCCUGCUGUUCCUGCCCAAGAGUGUGUCUGACUACGACGGCAAACUGAGCAGCUUCAAGAACGCUGCGCAGGGCUUCAAGGGCAAGAUCCUGUUUAUAUUCAUCGACAGUGACCAUGCCGACAACCAGCGCAUCCUCGAGUUCUUCGGCCUCAAGAAGGAGGAGUGCCCUGCCGUGCGCCUCAUCACCCUGGAGGAGGAGAUGACCAAGUACAAGCCCGAGUCGGACGAGCUGACGACAGAAAAGAUCACGGACUUCUGCCGCCGCUUCCUGGACGGCAAGAUCAAGCCUCAUCUGAUGAGCCAGGAGCUGCCCGAAGACUGGGACAAGCAGCCUGUGAAAGUGCUGGUCGGCAAGAACUUCGAAGAGGUUGCUUUCGACGAGAAAAAGAACGUGUUUGUGGAGUUCUACGCUCCGUGGUGCGGGCACUGCAAGCAGCUGGCUCCCGUCUGGGACAAGCUGGGGGAGACGUACAAGGACCAUGAGAACAUUGUCAUCGCCAAGAUGGACUCGACAGCCAACGAGGUGGAGGCCGUCAAAGUGCACAGCUUCCCCACACUCAAGUUCUUCCCUGCCGGCCCAGACAGGACGAUCAUCGAUUACAACGGGGAGCGGACGCUAGAUGGUUUUAAGAAGUUCUUGGAGAGCGGUGGCCAGGAUGGGGCUGGGGAUGAUGAUGAUCUGGAAGAUCUAGAGGAAGCAGAGGAGCCUGACCUGGAGGAAGAUGACGACCAGAAAACUGUGAAAGACGAACUGUGAUGUGGAAACCAGUCCUGGCACCCGACGUGCCCCUCGGGCCGCACCCCCAGCAGCACAGCCUUGAGCUGUGCACCCUCCCGGGAGGACAGAGCACCCAUUGGAAACGCAGGGAACUCGGAAGCAACACUUUGGCCCUGACACGCGUACAUUUAAACCCGUCUCUUCCUUCUGCUUUUCAGUUUUUGGAAAGGGUCUCUCCAGGCCAGCCCAUGUGGGUGGGCUGUUUUUAAUUUGUGAUGUACUUUUUCGUACACAGUUUGACCAGAGCUCUCGCUAAAAUGUUUUGACAUCUCACGCCGGCAGUGUUGCCUGCCUAUUAGGUUUAUUAUAUUAUCACUAAAAUUAGUCCAUCUGUGGGAUUUUUAGACAUUUUGGAACGUUUGGGCGUCUGUUCCACCUUGGCCGGGCCGCCCUGGAGACCGGUGCCCCCUGUGGAGAGGGAUGGAGCCAGGCUGCACGGCCCACCCCACCUGUGGCCAUUGGCGUGGCUGCGUGGGGCUCCUGCCGCGUCUGGUCGAUGGAGACUUCAGGUCUCUGUCACAGGGGCCCCGCCACCACAGGGGCGGUGGGAACUGGCUGGGCCAAGACUGAUCCCCUCCCAGAACUGGGUCCUGGCUGUUCUGACCUCCAGGUUGGCCUGCAGCCUGUGCCGAACAGAGCCAGGCCCUCCGCUCCCAGGCCGGGAGACGGCUGGGGACGCUCGAGCCCAGUCAGUUGUCCACAGUUCUCGGGGGCAUUUCUACCACAAUAUUGGAGUUGAACACAUUGGCUGAAUAAAGUUGAAAUUUUA